AUGAAGUUUUUCGAAAACGUGUUCACCUAUGACUACUCCUUCCCUGCCGUUUCCCUCGCCUACUUCCUCCGCUACCCUAAUCCCUACUCCCGCCAUGUCCUGACUACCGACGUGAUCGACCGUUAUGUCGAUCCGGCCACCCAGCGCCUACACACCAUCCGUCUACACUUGAAGAAAUCUAAAGUCCCCUCUGGCAUCCUCAAAUUGCUGCCGAAGGGCAUGAGUGGCUCCGACAGUUCCGGCCAGAGUUACAUCCUCGAGACCACCGUGGUUGACCCCAAUGAGGGUUGGAUGGAAACCGAAUCUCGGAACAUGGAGUGGACCGGCAUCCUUAGUGUUGUCGAGAAACAACGGUACCAGCGCCAUCUGACCGAGGACAAUACCCAGGCCCUCGAUGGUCUGUCAAUCGAUAAGGAGCAGACCACCGUGCGGACCACUGUCACGUUCCGCUCCCGCCUUGGCCAGGGCAAGUUGCUCGGUCGCAAGAAGGCGGAGGCGAUUGACCACGCGGACACUGAGGAGGAGGCUCCCAAGAAGGGCUUCUUCUCUUCCUUGUCCACUGCUGGUAUCCAGCGCACUAUUGAAUUGAUCGGUGUGAGCCGGACCCGCGACGCUAUUUUGAAAAGCAAACAGGGCAUGAACGUGGUCUUGGAACGUCUGCGCCAUGGAGGCAUUGUCGGCGUUCUCGAGGGCAUGCGCAAAGACCGCGAGGCCAUUGUUGGGCCAGAAGGCCCCUGGAAGCGCGUCUGGUUGCAAGGCAAUGGCCUCAAGGAGCGGGUCUACGUCGAUGACGAUGACAAGUGA